UCUCUCUCUCUCUCUCUCUCCCUACUGCAGGCGGGAAACUGAUAAUUGGGAUCAAAACCCUCCCUCCAAAAACCGCAGAGACAGACUGACAGAUCCGUCUCCUUUCUUUCUUUCUUUCUGUCCUCUUUCUUUAAAACCCCAACCCUAACCUAAUCACGCAAACAGAGUCACAGAGACACACAUACACAAACAGAGAGAGAGCAAAAGCGAGAAAGCCCCCCUUCUUUUGCUCUCUCUCCCUUCUUCAUGGCAUUUCCCCAAAAGCACCAAAACGACGACGCCUCAAUCGACAUCCACACCUCCACGCCCCUCCGCUACCUUUCCCUGGACCACGUGUAUUCGGCCACGUCGCCUUGCGUCAGCGCCAGCGGGUCCUCCAACGUCAUGUCCAAGAAGGUCAAGGCUCGCAAGCUCAAUCACUUCGACGAUGGCGAUCAGAAUCACCAGAAGCCCUCCCCGAAACCCUCAAUUGUCAAUGUCUACUCGCGCCGCGCCAAGAGGCCCCGCCAUUACAAACGGAGCUCCUCGUUCUUCGAUGCUUUGGUGGCCCGGAAUGAGUCCCCAGCGGCGGCGGUGAAGAUUGAGGAGGCUGAUGGAGAUGACGAAUUUGAGAGGGGUUUGGACAAGAAGAAGAGGAAGCUCGGGAUUAACGAGUUACUGAAAUUGGGGGUUGAUUCUAGCAUUCUGUGUAAUUUGGACGGGCCUCGAUUGAGAGAUUCUCGCAGCAAUCAUAAACUCGAUAGGAGUAAAAAUGGAGAGAAAUUGCGGCUGAAGAAGCGGAAUUCUUCUGUUAGCUGCGAGAAAAUUCUUUCGGAUCCUUCUUCUGUGAAGAAAUGGGUCGGGUUGAGUUUCAGCGACGUUGAUCCUAAAACUUUUAUUGGAUUACAAUGCAAGGUCUAUUGGCCAUUGGAUGCUAAUUCGUAUUCUGGUCGCAUUGUGGGUUACAACUCUGACACUAAUAGACAUCAAGUUGAAUAUGAAGAUGGUGAUGAGGAAGAUUUGAUUCUAUCAAAUGAGAGAAUCAAAUUUUAUAUUUCUCGGGAAGAAAUGGAGAGUUUGAAUUUGAGUUACAGUCUGAGGAGUAUGGAUAAUGAUGUCUAUGAUUAUAAUGAGAUGGUUGUGUUGGCUGCGAGUUUGGAUGACUGCCAAGAACUAGAGCCUGGGGAUAUCAUAUGGGCCAAGCUUACAGGUUAUGCUAUGUGGCCAGCAAUAGUUGUGGAUGAAUCCCUUAUUGGUGAUCGUAAAGGCUUAACCAAAAGUUUGGGAGGACGAUCAGUUCCAGUGCAGUUUUUUGGAACCCACGACUUUGCAAGGAUUAAAGUGAAACAGGCAAUCUCAUUUCUCAAAGGACUUCUUUCUUCAUUCCAUUUGAAAUGCAAGAAGCCUGGAUUCAUCAAAAGCUUGGAAGAAGCAAAAAUGUAUCUCAAUGAACAAAAGCUUCCAAGAAGAAUGCUACGGCUGCAAAAUGGAAUUAACAUUGAUGAAUGUGAAAGUGUAAGUGGAGAAGAUGAAGUGAGUGCAGAUUCUGGUGAAGGAUGUUUGGAUGAUGUAGGGAUUCUGAGGACACUGGAUCGCCUUGGAACUUCUCCGUACGUGAUCGGGGAUUUGCAGAUAACAAACCUAGGAAAGUUUGUCAGGGACUCAGAAUAUUUUCGGGAUGAGAAAGACAUUUGGCCUGAAGGUUAUACUGCCUUGAGGAAGUUUACUUCAAUUACAGAUCCAACUGUACGUACAUUAUAUAAGAUGGAGGUGUUGAGAGAUACCGAAUCAAAGAUUCGACCUCUGUUCAAAGUGACAUUAGAUACAGGAGAGCAGUUUAAGGGAUCUACACCAUCAGCUUGUUGGAAUAAAAUAUACAAGAGGAUAAGGAAAACACAAAACACAUCAUUGGUUGGUUCUAAUGCUAAUGCUGACCGUGGAUUGGAAGGGACCUGUAAAUCUGGUUCUCAUAUGUUUGGUUUCUCUAUACCUGAAGUUGCAAAACUUAUUCAGGGGUUAAUAAAAUCCAAGCUUUCUUCAAAAUUACCCAAGUGCAAGUUAGCCUCUAGAAGAUAUCGAGAUGUUCCUGUUGGUUACAGACCUGUUCGUGUGGACUGGAAGGACCUCGAUAAAUGUAGUGUUUGCCACAUGGAUGAGGAAUACGAAAACAACUUGUUCCUGCAGUGUGACAAAUGCAGAAUGAUGGUCCAUGCAAGAUGCUAUGGAGAACUGGAACCUGUUGGUGGCGUCUUAUGGUUAUGCAACUUAUGUCGGCCUGGGGCUCCUGAACCUGCACCGCCUUGCUGCCUUUGUCCUGUAAUAGGGGGGGCAAUGAAGCCUACAACUGAUGGGCGCUGGGCUCAUCUGGCUUGUGCCAUAUGGAUACCAGAAACCUGCCUAUCUGAUGUUAAGAGAAUGGAGCCAAUUGAUGGGCUUAGUAGAAUCAACAAGGACCGUUGGAAGCUAUUAUGUAUUAUCUGUGGAGUUUCUUAUGGAGCCUGUAUUCAAUGUUCAAACAAUACCUGUUGUGCGGCAUACCAUCCACUUUGUGCACGAGCUGCUGGUCUUUGUGUUGAGCUUGAGGAUGAGGACCGGCUGCAUCUACUUUCUGUAGAAGAUGAUGAAGAAGAUCAGUGUAUCCGCCUUCUUUCCUUUUGCAAGAAGCAUAGGCAGCCAACUAAUGAUCGUUCAGCUGCUGAUGACCGUAUUGGCCGAACAGUGCGUCGAUGCUCAGACUACACUCCGCCAUCCAAUCCUUCUGGAUGUGCUCGUACUGAGCCAUACAACUACUUCUGUAGAAGAGGGAGAAAAGAACCUGAAGCCAUAGCUGCUGCAUCCUUAAAGCGUUUGUUUGUUGAGAACCAGCCUUACUUAGUUGGUGGUUACAGCCAACACCAACUGUCAAGUAAUUCACGGCCUCCCAAUGGUGUCGUUGGUUCUGAGUUCUGCUCUAACCUUCAAAGGAUGAAAGCCUCUCAACUUGAUGCUCCUAACGACAUACUUUCUAUGGCGGAGAAGUAUAAAUACAUGAGGGACACCUUUCGGAAACGACUAGCAUUUGGAAAAUCAGGAAUUCAUGGUUUUGGUAUCUUUGCUAAGCACCCACAUAGAGCAGGGGACAUGGUGAUUGAAUACACGGGUGAACUUGUUAGACCUCCUGUAGCUGACAGGAGAGAGCACUUCAUAUAUAAUUCAUUGGUGGGGGCUGGGACUUAUAUGUUCCGGAUUGAUGAUGAACGGGUCAUUGAUGCCACAAGAGCUGGAAGCAUUGCUCACCUGAUUAAUCACUCUUGUGAACCAAAUUGCUACUCAAGAGUCAUAAGUGUUAAUAAUGAUGAGCAUAUAAUUAUAUUUGCAAAGAGAGACAUCAAACGAUGGGAAGAACUUACAUACGAUUAUAGAUUUUUUUCAAUUGAUGAACAACUAGCAUGCUAUUGUGGUUUUCCGAGAUGCCGUGGGGUGGUUAAUGAUGUUGAAGCAGAAGAGCGAGCAACAAAGCAUUAUGCACCGCGCAGUGAGUUAAUAAAUUGGAGUGGUGAAUGAUAAAAGAAAUUUAUUGUUGUAAAAUAUGUUCACAUGAGAUACUUCGGAGACGGAUUGUUUACUCCCAACAAUCUGUUACAAUUUGCUAUUAUCUCAAGGAAGACAGGGUUGUAGAGCUCCGGUUUUCCUCUUGUUUUGACAUGACAAAAAAUCAAGUGAUUCAGCUUUUCUUUUUUGCUCAAGCUGCUUCCUCUUGGUCCACGCAUGUAAAUUUGAAGACGUCAUUGAGGUUCAUAACAAAAUUCAAUUUCACUUACUGAUAAAGUAAGGUACUCUGGAUAAUCCUUCCUCAUUUGUCUUGAUGCUGUAAGGUUAGGGACCCAAUUGUUCAUAUAAUUACAUUAACCUUUGUGAAAAACAAGUACAAAAGUUAUGAAUGAAAAGUGAUUUGUUGU